CAGGCUGCUGGGAGUGCACCUUUCAGGUAUAAAACCUGAUGGGAAACAGCACCAGAGCAGGACCUCUGUCAAGAAGAAAAUCUGCACAGCAAUGGAUGGCAAAUCUGUUGCUGUCACUUUGGUUCUCUGCUUGGUCUCAAUGGCAGGGUCAGAAGGUAAGGCCCUGGAGAAGACAGAUGAAAGAGGCCCCCAAUGCCACUGCAUAAGCACUCAUUCCAAGUUCAUCCCUCCCAAGACUAUUCAGGAUGUGAGAUUAAGCCAAAGAGGACCUCACUGCAAACAUGUGGAAAUCAUAGCAACGCUGAGAGAUGGCAGGGAAGUGUGCGUGGAGCCCGCUGCGUCCUGGAUCUGGCUCGCUGUAAAGACUCUGCUGGCCAGGGCCAGGGACAAUGUUGAGUCACCAGUCAAAGAAAAGUCAAGGAAGAAUAAACCUUGGAUUUCUCCAAGGAUGUGAAAUGAGAGAAAGCAUUGCUGCUGAGAAUGCCAUAAUUUCUGAUGAGAAUGCCCCCUCUGCUAAUAAUCACUACAGUUGAUUAUUUUUCUUUCCCUGAGAUGGUUGCUGAUUCAUGCUAUUUUCUUUGCUGUCACUCUCUCUUAACUUCUGUCUGUGAUAGAUCAAGAAGCUCAAGGUUAAUGGAAGUGUUUAAGUGUUGUAAGGAUGAGAAUAAACAAGAUGAAGUUAGUUACCCCUAAAUGGUCUGACUGAAAGAGAAACAGAAUGGAUACAAUUAGCAAACACAUGAAUAAACACAUAAUAAAGAAGCA